AUGCCGUUCCAGCUCAAGGCCGGCCACCACCACGGCGCCAUGGACGGGAAGCCGCCGCCGCCGCCGCCGCUCGCGCCGCCCAGGGUCUCCCGCCUCCGCAGGCUGCUCGUGAGGGUCUCCGCCUCGGAGCGCCUCGCGGUGGCCGGGGACGGCAAGGAGCGGGAGAAGGAGGAGAGGCCGGUGGGCAGCGGGGAGGCGGAGGUCGGCUCGGUGGGGCUCGACCGCAUGGUGCUCAGCUUCAUGGAGGACUCCGCGGCCGUCGAGCGCCCGCCGCGCGGCCGCUGCAACUGCUUCAACGGCAGCAACUACGAGGAGAGCGACGACGAGGAGGGCUUCUUCCUCCCCUCCGGCCAGGCCUCCGCGCCUCCCCCGUCCGCGGCCGGCGACACCCUGGAGGCACUCAAGGUACUACUGGAAUUUCCGCAUGGCACGCCAACCCCUCCCAAAUUGGGAAAAGCCGCAACGAAUUUACGAGGCGGUUGCCUCCUUUCCCUUUGCGUGCAGAGUUUGGUGCAGAGCGCCAGCGUCGCCGAGCGGAACCUUCUCGCCGACGCUUCCAGGAUCGCCGAGCGGUGCGGCAGGACCUGCAAGGGCAAGGCCGAGUGCCGCCGCGCCGUCGCCGACGGCCUCAGGGCCCUCGGCUAUGACGCCGCCGUCUGCAAGUCGCGCUGGGAGAAGACCAAGUCCUACCCCGCUGGGGAGCACGAGUACAUCGACGCCGUUGUUGGGGACGGAGCGAGGCUGAUCGUGGAGGUGCACUUCAGGUCCGAGUUCGAGGUGGCCCGGUCGACCAAGGCGUACCGCGCGGCGCUCCAGGCGCUGCCGCCGUUGUUCGUUGGCACGUCCGACCGGCUCGGGAAGAUCGUGUCCGUGGUGGCGGAGGCGGCGCGGCAGAGCAUGAAGAAGAAGGGGCUGCACUUCCCACCAUGGCGUAAGCCGGAGUACAUGCGCGCCAAGUGGCUGUCCCCGCACGUCCGCACCGGCGACAAGGCGGCCGCCCCGUCCCCCGCCGCCUCUGCAACUGCAACUGCGACGGCGGUGUCGGCGGCGAGCUUCUCCGGCGAGUUCGAGCUGCUGUUCGGCAUGAACCAGAGCGGGGGGGUCUCGUCCACCCCCGGCGAGAAGAUCACGGUGGUGGUAUCGCCGUGGCGCCCGACGGAGGAGGCGGCGAGCAAGAAGCAGCAGCCCAGGGCGAAGGUCGUCACGGGGCUCGCCGCCGUCCUCUGA